CCUGCGAUCGGUGGUCGGUCCUUCCUCGCCCGGGGCUCCACCACGACGUGAACAGGUUUGGACACUCGGCUGUGCUGUACAACAGCACCAUGUACGUCUUCGGAGGCUUCAACAGCCUCCUGCUGAGUGACAUCCUGAAGUUCACCCCCGAGAGAUGCGAGGCUUUUGCCAACGAGUCGUCCUGCCUGCGGGCGGGGCCGGGCGUCAGGUGCGUGUGGGCUCCCAAACCCGCCCGCUGCGUCCCCUGGGAAAACGCCACCCUGGAGCAGCAGCAGAAGGUCUUGGAAGAUUGUCCUCCCAAGCCAGUUGUAGACAAUGAAAAAUGUGAUCAGAUUACAGACUGCUACAGCUGUACAGCCAACACCAACAGCUGUCAGUGGUGCUCUGACCAGUGCAUCCCAGCACACAGCAACUGCACCGAGGAGCAGGUCCCUAUUACUCUCUAUGACAAUUGUCCCAAGGAUAAUCCUGCUUAUUACUGUAACAAAAAGACAAGCUGUAAAAGCUGUGCCAUGGAUCAAAACUGCCA